UACCACAUUACGUUUUUCGAAUCAUCUGCUGUGACUCAUUUUAACCGACUUUGCAUAAUGCCAACCCUUGAUCUCCAGUGUCUAACACACAGAAUAAGUGCAGAGCCUUCAUGUUUUCGUAACAAACAUAAUAUUUUUUUUAUUUUGAUAUCUGACAGUAAACAGAACUUUCGAUUUGAUUCACGGCUAACUAGCUAGCUAUCUUAGGUAGUUAUCGGGGUAGAUAUCAUUUCAUGCAAUCCUGCAACAUAUGCUAACGUUACCUGGCUAAAAUUCAACAUGUGGACUUGGCGAAUCAAGAUUUGGGACUAAAACGCUUCUAAACGAAGAAUGACCAUGGAUUUUUCUCGCCUGCACACAUAUACUCCUCCACAGUGUGCUCCGGAAAACACAGGCUAUACCUAUUCCCUCAGUUCCAGUUACUCAACAGCUGCUCUGGAGUUUGAAAAGGAGCAUAAGAUUGGACCAGUAUAUGACUCGCCCAGAAUGUCCCGCCGAAGCCUGCGAUUACACACCAUGGGAGGUCUCUAUGGCAACAGAAGCCUAACGGAGAACUCCCAAAAUCAGAGUGUCAGUUACAGCAGCAGCACUGGCUCCAGUAGGAGGUCUGUGAGAAGCAGAAAGCUGCAAGCUUUGUCCAGCUCCCAGUCUCUGUCUGGGGCUCAGACGGGCCAGUGCAGCGUUGGCCUGAGCUGCCCUGAGGGAAAUCCCAACUCUGAUACUGUGCUGUUGUCUAGCCGGCUGGAGCAGUCCACUGUCAGACACAGCCCUGCAGAACACAGCUACACAGGCUCAGAGCAAAAUGCUGAGAUUAAGAGAUGGAGUAAAAUGUCAAUGCUAAGCUCCACACCUUUGAAUGGUUCCGCUAGCAUAACAGAGACCAACAGCAGGGUGGAGAACGGCUACAUCUGUCAACGCUGCUCUGUUCACGCAGAGAGGGAGGAGGACCUUACAGGCCCUUCUUCACUGUCUACCGCCUCAGUGUCUCAGUCAGAAGACUGUGUGGAUGCCACCUCAUCCAUCUCAACUGUGUACAGUUUAGACAAGCUCCGCAAGCACCAGACCGGGUUCCUGGCAUCAGUCUCCACUACUUGUGUCCACUACAGCAGACGGGUCUUCACCUCCAUAGUGUCAGUAAUGACACUCCUAUUUCAAAAUGUUUUCCAUGUAGGCCACCAGGCCAAAGGUCAUGAAAGAAAAGGUGUAUUCCUGUCAGUCUCAAACUCAGUGAGAGUUGUGUGCUCCUGGCUUGUGGCCAGAGGGACCAUGUUAAAACAGACUGCUUUCCGGAGGACCCGUUACAGGGCAAAUGACUACCAUAGCUCAGCUCACUCAAGUUACUGUGGCAGUGUGAACGUGAAAGACCUAGAGACAAGGGAUGACCAAAUGGAUCUCACCAGCUCGUUAUGUGAUGAUUGUAAAGGGAAGCAGUACUUGGAAACACACACGACUCACACAUACUCCUCCAGCUCCUGUUGUCUGCUUACGGCUCUGUGGGGCCUGGUGGCUUACACAGGUUAUGGUUUGCAGCAGGUUGGCAGAGGGUUGGGUUCAGCAGGAACAUUUGUGGUUCGGAAGCUGCUGUCUGUUCUGUGGUUGGCCAUACUGUCUCCAGGGCAUGCUCUGACUGGAGCCUUCUGGUGGCUCGGAACAGCUUGGUACCAGAUGGUGACCUUGAUGUCUCUGGUCAAUGUCUUUAUCCUGACCAGGUGCUUCCCUAAACUGCUAAGGCUGAUAAUAUUUCUGCUACCAUUCCUGCUGCUGUUGGGUUUAUGGUAUUUGGGGCUGACCAGAGUAAUCUACUAUCUCCCAGUUCUAAAUAUGACUGAGUGGAGAGCAAAGAUCUCUAUUUUGCCAUCAGUGCCAUUCUUCUCCCUCCCUUCUCUACUACCUACACCCUCCUACAACUCUGAACCUUCCUCGCAAAUGGAGCGCAGCCCACUCCCUGUCACCUCCCAGCCUGUAGCAGCGUCAGUAGACAGUGAGAGAAUGGCCCGGUUAGAGCAGAGCGUGGCUGCACUGUGGGAGUCUGUCCAUCAGAGGGAGCAGCAGGCAUCACAGCAGCAUGGUGAGGCUGUUGAGCUCGUCCGCGCCCUACAAGAGCAGAUAAACACACAGACAGACAAAGAGACUCUGGGACUUUGGGUCUCACAACUACUGGAGCCAAAAUUUGACAAGCUCAGAGGAGAGAUUGAGAGGGAGGCUUCAGACAGAGCACAGACUCAGGAGCAGAAUGUGGCGCGUCAGAAGGUCCAUGCAGAUCGCUUGGCUCAGCUUGAGCUCCUCCUCCAGGCCCUGACUUCCAAAACCGAGGAGGUGUAUCGGAGACAAACAGACCCAUCUGCUCCAGCUGCUGUGGAUGUGGGAGGGAGCCAAGAGGACCGUGAUACAUUGCUUGCAGAGGUGCAGAGGUUGGAAGCAGAACUAGGACAUAUCAGAAACGACCUGCAAGGGGUGAUGGGAUGUCAAGGGAAAUGUGGCCAAUUUGACACAUUGCAAGAAACAGUGUCCACUCAGGUGAGAGAAGAGCUGUACACCUUGUUCUACGGAAGUGAAAUGAGACAUAGCAAGGACGUAACGCUUCCUGAGAAUCUAUUACAGUGGCUGUCUUCUCAGUACACCAGCUCAUCUGACCUUCAUGCUACCCUUGCCACCCUGGAGCGCAGCAUUCUGGGAAACAUAUCUGUUCAGCUUGAGCAGAGCAAAUCUCAGAGCUCUGCUGAAACAGUCACUCGGACAGUCACUCACACUGCUGGUGCUGCUGGAAUGACAGAGGAGCAAGUGCAGAUAAUAGUGCAUAAUGCACUGACACUGUACUCGCAGGACCGCACGGGCCUGGUAGACUACGCCCUGGAGUCCGGAGGGGGAAGCAUCCUGAGUACACGUUGUUCAGAGACGUAUGAGACAAAAACAGCACUGAUGAGCUUAUUCGGUGUCCCGCUGUGGUAUUUCUCCCAAUCUCCUCGCGUCGUCAUCCAGCCAGAUGUGUACCCAGGUAACUGCUGGGCAUUUAAAGGUUCCCAGGGUUACCUGGUUAUUAGGCUGUCUCUGAGUGUUCUGCCUACAUCCUUCUGCCUGGAACACAUCCCCAAAGCCCUGUCUCCCACUGGCAACAUCAGCAGUGCUCCACACCACUUUAGAGUAUAUGGGCUGGAAGAUGAAUAUCAGGAGGAGGGAAAGCUUCUAGGUGACUACGCCUACCAAGAAGAUGGAGAAUCUCUGCAGACCUUCCCUGUUGUGGAGAACAAUGACAGAGCGUUCCAGAUCAUUGAGCUGAGAGUACUGUCCAACUGGGGUCACCCUGAGUACACUUGUAUCUAUCGUUUCAGAGUUCAUGGAGACCCUUCCAUUAAAUAAAAAAAAAAAUCCCUCGCUGUAUACUAAUGCAUCUGCCUGUAUGUAUAUAAAGGAGGGCCCUUUUUUCAACAUAGAGAGAACUGGGUUAGAAAAGACAUUUUUACGCUGUUGGAGAUGUUGAGUUUAAAUAGGAGUUUAAAGAAGCAAACAAGAAGGAUGUUUUUAUACCAAGCAUAGAAAGUACACAUGAAUGACCAUGGAAAGAGUAAAAUGAACAGUUAAAGAGAACUGGGACUGGACUCCUUUCAGUCCCUCUCCUUAACUCACUCUUGCACUGAAUCAGCCUGAGGCCCUGGAUCACUAAAGUAUCUUUCUCUUUUCCUGGGUACCACUCACUUGGGCAGGUAUCUGUACCUUAAAAAAGUCAAUACAUUUUCCUCUUUUUCGUCUCUCUUUGUAUCCUUUUUUUUCUUCAGAAUUCAUCAUUCAGGAGACUUCAUUCUCUAAGGUUCAGUCUCAGCGUAACUGGAUUGGUGAAAAAGCUACAGCAAUUUGCCCUCAAUCCCAUGCUCUGUGUAUCUAAAGCUAGAGUCUGCUGCUGCUCUGACUCAUCUGCAUAGUCAUUAACUGGACUGGACCACUUCUAUGAAUCUGUUUAAUCUUUUCAUGUGUGUUCUUUUUUACAUUUUUAAAUAUAUUUUUAGACAUAAGAAUAAACAUUGAUAACCAUAACCUAUACACUAGGUGAUGGAAUAGAGGAAUGUUUCUCAGUCGUGGUCCUGAAAUACCCCUGCCAUGCAUAUAGUGGUCUCCCUGCAAAUUGAACUUGGUAAUGAGUCAGGUGUGCAUAAGCAGGAAAAAUACUAAAAUACACAUGGUACUGCUACUCUAUGACCAGGACUGAGAGACAGAGAAACGCUCUGACAAGCACUGAAUGUGUAUUUAAGAUGUUAUAGCAGGACAGAAGAGUCCCCUUUUAAGCACUGUAGCAAACAUUUACAUGACAUUUUAAGUAGAAUCUUUCAAACAGUUUGUUUUUUUCCCCCUAUGGAUUUAACUGCACAUUAAUACUGGAGUAGUGUAUAAAGCUACACCAGUACUAGACAGAAGUAAGAAAAAUGGAUCUCAUGACAGUCUGUUACCAUCAGUUUCACAGAGUCCCUUUAUUAAGGAUAAUCUUAAUUAAGCCACCUGGUCCAUACCUGGAGGAAUGUAAUGUAUAUUUUGUUAAUAGUCUGCUUUUUAUUCACUAUUGGUUAAUCCCAUCAUCAUCAUGAUCAUCAUCAUCAUCAUCACUGUUGUUAUUAUUAUUAUUAUUAUUAUUAUUAUUAUUAUUAUUAUCUACUACUUUUGCAUAUUUUAUUUUUGUUUGAAUAUUUUGCCUGAGAAUGCAGAAUUAUAACUUGUAAAAAAUGUACAUUGCACAAGUCCUAUUCUCUUAAAUGUAAAGCAAAAAAUUAGUGGUUAAGUUGAUGCUAUGUUGAAAAUUUUCUUGUGUACAUUACUAAGUUUGUUCAAGACUAUUUAUUUUAGUUAUGAAGUAGGACUGUGCAAUGUAUUUUUGUAACUACAUAUUUAGACAGUAAUUUUUGUUUUAAAACCGUGUAGAUUUUUAUUUUGUUGCUGCUGUCUUACAAUGGAUACACUGCUUUGGGGGGAAAAAAGCUCUAAUAAAAAAAUUGGAUAUGUGUUAAGCCUAAA